AUGUACGAUCUUCUGGGUCUUAUGUGGGAGAAUGAAGCCUUUGAGUUGGGAUGGAUCACAGGCUUGGCAAAUAUUCAGGAGAUUCGCCUUCCUGACUAUGAAGAUGUCCGCGAAUCCCCCGAGGGUCCGAAUCGAUUGCGGCUUACCAUGGAUGCAUGUUCUCUGGAUAGUUCAGGCAGUGCUUCGAAUAACGAAUGCUAUGAGUAUAAUGUAACUGUCCUGAACCAUUUUUCGAACCUGUUUCAUCCAGACGUCAUUUUGAUGGAGGAACCUUCGAACGUAUGGGCGUCGAGAUGGGGGCAGGAUGCUCAUGUCGCAGACUUCCAAUCUCUCGUCGGCAAAUUCCAAUCCGCAAAGAUUGAAACAUUUAAACUAGACACAUCAUCAAUAUCCGAUGUCAAGGCCCUAUGUCACGACGAAGAGGACGAGUAUGAUGACUGGCCCCAACCACCAUCGAUGACGAUCCGUUGUGCUAUGAAUCUAGGGCCUGCGCGAAAUCUCUGUGCGUUCUCAAAUCUCAGGAAAUUUGUAGCCGCCCAGAACGCCUUCUUCACCAUCGAUAAAGACUUGAUUGUCUGCGAGCUCCCUGCCUCAAUCGAAGAGCUAGGGAUAUGA